CAAUUUCUGUGAUCAAGUUAAUUGACAAGUGCUUUGGAGAUUGCCGCCAUACGUUGACGUUCUCUGCCGCACAGCCGCGCUUCUGCCUUAAGCGUACAGUCUACGGAAUCAGGAAGAAAUCCACAGACCGUUGUAUAAUGGUUUGUAUCAGACCCGCGACGAUUGACGAUCUUAUGCAGAUGCAACGAUGCAACUUGCUCUGCCUACCGGAGAAUUACCAACUAAAGUACUACUUGUACCACAUUCUAUCUUGGCCUCAGCUGCUGCAAGUCGCGGAAGACUAUGACGGGAAAAUCGUGGGUUACGUCCUUGCCAAAAUGGAGGAGGACGCCUCGGAGCCCCACGGCCACAUCACCUCGGUUGCGGUGGCUCGCACCCACCGGAAGCUGGGGCUGGCGACCAAGCUCAUGAAUGCAACACAUAAGGCCAUGGAGGAGGUGUUUGGGGCCAAGUACGUGUCACUUCAUGUACGGGAGACCAACAAGGUUGCCGUACACUUGUACACCAUGACGCUAGGAUACGAGAUUUACGACAAGGAAGGCAAGUACUAUGCCGAUGGCGAGGACGCGUACGAGAUGCGCAAGUAUUUCGGAGCGUCACGGCCGGCACUUGCGAAGAAGGCGGCGGCGCUGACGGCAGCGGUGACUGGGACAGCCAUCUAGGCGCCGGCGGCGCCUUGGCUCCGCCGCUGUGCCGGCGGCGCUGUGUCCGAGAGAGCGGAAAGGCAGUAGCGGCAGCCACGGCAGCAGCAACUGAAGCGCAGGCAUGUGCGCGGUAGGACCCAACAUGUCACCUCAGCCACGAACGUUCGAUGGUUGAGGGCGUAUACAAAAAAAAAUUUACGCCAUUCUUGCACAUUUUGGAUUGCGGGAGAUGUAGCUCCGAAACCCACCCAAAAGCCAACCGACACGCAUACACAGAACACAUCCCGCAGCUGCGUGUUCACUCCGCCUCUUUCGCCCGCUCCGUGUCCAUCAUGAACCCGCGCACCACUCGAGCAUUGCUGAAGCUGGUGAGCCACACGCUGUAAGUAAAGAAGGUGUGAUGUCGCACUUCACCACCACAACGAUGCGCCGGAGGGAAACUGGAGGAGAAACAGCAUUGCAAGGCCUCAAGGCGAGACUGCGUCGUUACCAUUUCCUUCGUACGACAGUCAGUAUUGUACGGCAGGAGUUGGCUUGUUAGGUUUAUGGUACUGCAUGUGGUUUCAUGGAACCGGAGCCUGCGGGCUGUAGGGAGGGGGCGCCGUUUGCUGCACCGCUAGGCGGGGGGGGGUGCCGGUUGCCGUUGGGAUGGGAUGACGAGCGUGGGAUGACGAGCUGGAGCAAGAGCUGGGCUCCCCUCCUGGCGGACAUGCAGGGGAAGGAAAGCAAUACCUGCGCGGGUAACGCAUUUUUGCCACUUGUGGCUGAAGGUCGGUGGGGGCUUU